AUGGCAUCGGCAGCGGUCCGAUUUGUCGCAAGCACUAAACAACCAACCUUGGGAACUCUGUAUCUUCAAUGUCGUGUAAAGCCCGGCGCAUCGCGAGUGCGUGAAGGGAUCGUGGCCGUGACGGAUGGAGGGGUGGAGUUAUGCGUUGCUGCGCAGGCGCGAGAAGGCGAGGCAAAUAGAGCCGUGAUCAAACUGCUAAGUGAGAUUCUAGGACUUCCAAAGUCCGAUUUGAUCAUCUCUCAGGGCUUGAAGUCCAGAGACAAGACCGUGGCUGUU